CGGCUCCCGGUCUUGGAACUUUUCCUCUGUGGUAUAGUAUCUCUACAAAUUCUUCUUGGUCUUGGAGCUUGGUGUCUAGCGGCUACACAUUCUUCCUGGUCUUGGAACUUGGUGUCUCGACUACAAAUUCUUCCCAGUAUUGGAACUUGGUGUCUUGGCUACAAAUUCUUCCUGGUCUUGGAACUUGAUGCCUGCGAAACUCUGGCAAAACUGUCGAAAUUUGGCAAAACUGACGAAACCUGGCGAAACUGCCGAAACCUGGCAAAACCUAGGGAUGUUAAUGGAGUACUCCAGGGUGGUGUAGUGCAUACUCUGGUAGAGUAUCCCUUAACACCACACCACUCUGAAGUAUGA